UCGUAUCCAUUGAAAAACCUCUUACGGCUUUCAUGGCUUCGAGUGACUCUCCUGUUCCUCUCCCUGCUCCUUCUUCAACAUCAUCUAGGGUUAGCUCAGGAAUCGUUGGAAAAGCAGUUGAUGCGCUUCUGAAAUGGAAUGAAUCAAAGAAGAAAACGCUGGAGAAAGCCCAGUUGUUAGAGCAAGAUGACUUCCUCUAUCUCAUUCUAACCCUCAAGAAGAUCCCUGCAAAUGGUCGCACAAACCCUUACAAGAUCCCUCUAUCACACCCUCUCCACUCCCCAGAAGAGGAACUCUGUCUCAUCAUCGACGAUCGCUCCAAAAAUCAUCUCACCUCUGAAGCCGCCAAAAAGAAAAUCCAGGCCGACGGAAUCCCCAUCUCGAAGGUCCUCAAGCUUUCUAAGCUUAAAACAGAUUAUCGCCCAUUCGAGGCCAAGCGCAAGCUCUGUAGCUCCUAUGAUCUCUUCUUUGCCGAUAAAUGGAUCAUUCCUCUCCUUCCAAAGCUAUUGGGGAAAGAGUUCUUCAAGAAAAAGAAGAUUCCCAUACCAGUCGAUUUAACCCACCAGAACUGGAAGCAGCAGAUUGAGUACGCUGAAUUGACGGGGAAAAAGCGGAAGAAAGUGCAUUGGGUGAAGGAGGAAGGGGGGUUGGUUCGUAGUUGCAGAGCUCCCUUCGAAUGAACAACAUAAAUUCAU